GUUAGUAAGUUGGUGGCGAUCCAGGUAUCGGCCUAAUCUGGUUGGUCAGUUGCGGUGUGCAGUGCCCAGCUUAGCGAAUCGGGCGUAGUAGAGUGGACUGAUGAUCAUCCUCAUCGUCAACUCCAUUCUCAUCCUCAACUUCGCCCUCGUUCUUGUCCUUCUCCUCAUUCUCAUCCCCAUUCUUAAGCACAACUUGCCUUUACAGAAAAAAUGAAAUUAUCGCCCAAUACCAUGUUCAAGUUGACCAAGUACUUCUCGCGCUCCAAAAAGCCAGCCUCCAGCAUAAAAUCGCCCCUCCUAAUACCAGAACUCUUGUUGCUCAUUUUCGCCUAUCUUAACCCCUUCAUCAUCCACAAUUGUGUCCCCCUUGUCUGCCGCCAAUGGUACCAGGUCUCUAGGUCCUUCGUACCAGUCGUCUGGGACGAGUUUCCGCCCAAGCACAAAUUCAAGGUUCAGGAUUACUGGCCAAAAUGUUUGCAGCGGAGCCGGAGCUUGAUCAUACGCAGCCAUGGUUACAUACCGGGAGUGACAUAUAUUUCAGACAGGGCAUGGCGAACAUUGAUGGACAGGCUGCAUGCGCUAUCUUCGGAGGGCCAGCUCAGCAUCAUGGACCUCGUAUUACAGCGACCACUCGCAGUCAAAACUCAAUUGUUCCCGAUGCUGGCCUACGUGGGAACCGCGCUAACAAGCCUACGAAUCGAAUCAAUGAGAUGCUCUGGAGAUAUUCCUCUUAACAGGAUCUUGAUAAUGUGCUCGCGGCUUGUGACACUCCAUCUGACGGUUGAAGACAAGGCAAGCAUCGAACAAGUCCAACCAGUUUUACAUGGUCCACUGCGUCUACGAUAUCUGGUGCUGGGGGAACUUGUGAUCAAGGAAAGUAGCUUACUGGAACUCUUGAACGCAUGCCCUGAUCUGGAAGAGCUUCGCUUUAUACGGCUGGAGGCAUGGAGGAACAUUUCCGAGGUGACUAUUACUCCGCUUUUCAAAGUUUCCUUUUUGGAAUUCAUGGAGCGCCUAUCAGUGCUCUGUCCCAACUUGACGAGCGCACACCUCUCAAGUGGCUACGGUAGCGGUUGGAGUAGUAUCCAGGAGGCCGGUCGUAUCGUCCAGACGUUGGAGUUGUUCCCAAAGAUCAAUGAAUGGAGCUUCGAUUGUCCCGACGCAACACUGUUCAAGGCACUCAUGGAUUGCACGCAGGAUACACUCACGUCACUUGAGAUCUGGAAUAUCAUGGGGCCAAGACAUGUUUGUGGACUACUCUUGCAUCGGUAUUUGUGCAAGACUCCACAUCUGUUAGACCUCAAAGCUUCGGUCGUCAAGUUUUCAGUCCGCUGGUUUGAUCUGGAGGGGAUCCUGGGUACCGAUGACGACCAAUUCGACGAACGCGAUGGCAGAAAUCAUAAUCCCACUGUUCCUUUACGCCGAAGGAUCUGGGCUUGUCGUAGCCUGCGCACUCUACACUUUACAUGCGGUCCAAGCAGGAGACAUGACAAUGUUGCCCAGAAUUCAAGAAUACUUUUCGAUUACCUGACCAGAGUAUGCCCUCGACUGCGGGAUCUAAAGAUCAGGUCUACUGACAAUUCCCUUACCUUGACCCUAGAAGGCGGAUUCUGUCUUCUCUCGCGACUUUGCGAUCUUCGCCGACUGGAGAUUACGGGGCACAAGGAGAGAUUGCGGUGGAAAUGGCAUAUGGCAUGGAUGGUCAAACGCAUGACAGUAUCUCAGAGGUUACGGACGAAGAUCCUGUUGGCGCGACGCAGAGGGCUUAUGGAGAAAGGAUCCACAGAAAAGUUAGGAUCUGGCGGGUUUGAUUUGCAGCAGCAGAUGAUAAGCAGCAAUUCGGAUGUGCAUGGGCGUAGCGAGAGUAAUGGCAAUGGGAUUGACCAAGAAGAGGACCCGGGGUUGGACUACAUAGUCGAUGGGGUGGAUAUGAAGAAUCUAGGACGUUGGAAGAACGUUACGGAUCUGCUUCAGGAUCGUAUGUCGAAAGACUGGUGCUGCUGGCCACAAUUGGAGUGCCUCAGUUCGAUAUAAUGAUAGAGGGAUUUACCCAGUAGUAGCUUCACUAAAGAAACUGGUCCCGAAAUACCGACCUAACGUCGAGUUUCUCUUGAGAAGCAAGUAAAGCAUUCGUGUAACGAAAUAAAUU